CUCUCAGUGUAGUGAGUGCAACUGUUAACUUCAGAAAUUCAGUGUGACAGUUUCUGCAACACACUUUUUCAGUACCAUUAUAACUCCUCCUCAUCUCAUUUUCAAAUCUCUCUCCCCAGCUUAAUUCAGUACUACUGUAUUAAACAUCAGUACAUUACAAUUCACACAACAUAGAACAGAUAAAACCAAGCUCAAAACCUUCCCUGCUAGCUCUUCCAUUCACCAUCAUCAUCACUAAUCUCUCCACCAUGAAAACCCACCAUGGGAAACUCAAAACCCCACCUCGUCCACUCUUCUCAUGUGGUAUGUUCCGCAACUGCACUGAAUCUGUUCUUAGUCCUACAACUCCUAAUCUUAAUUCUCAUUUACCCUCUACACUACCAUCACCACCAGUUUCUAAUAACCCACAACCACCGCAUUCCGCAACUAAUAUCUCGAAAUCACAAACUCCGCAUCCUGAAUCAGAAUCUUCAUCUUCUUCAUCAACAACAUCUCAAAGCUUUACUCAAUGGAGAUUUCCUGUACAAAAUCCACCAACUUUGAAUCAAGAAUCAACUUCAAACCAUACACCUAAAGAGGAGCCAUCACUACCUCCGCCGCCACCACCACCGCAACCACCGUGCACUAACCUGUUAGAACUGUACCGGGUUGCAGAGAUUCAACUCAGAACGGGAACAACCGGUUCACGUCUUUUAACCCUACACUUACUUGAACGUUCUCUAGUUCCAAACCCACCGACAGAUGUAAGUAAUGAACCCACAUGUCCAGUCACUGUAAUGAAGGAAAUAGUGAGAAGUCUAAAAGAUAAAGAAGGGGCAAAACCGGCAACAAAAGUGUUACUAGCUCUGUGCUUAACAGAAAAGAACAGACACGUGGCGGUGGAAGCAGGGGCGGUGAUGGAAGUGGUGGAGGUGUUGACAGAGUUAGAUGGGGCGGCAGCAGAGAGAGCAUUAGCUGCAUUGGAAUUGAUAUGUACAGUUGAAGAAGGGGUUGCUGAAAUCAGAACCCACGCUUUGGCGGUCCCAAUGCUUGUUGAAGUUAUGGGGAGGAUGGUCGGAAGAGGUAAAGAGAGUGCCAUUAGUGUCCUUGCUGCUAUUUAUUGCGGUGGUGCUAGUGGUGGUGGUGGAGGUGGAGAGAUGGUGGGCCCACCAGAAGAAGUAGGGAGAGCAGUAUUUAUGGCUUUGCAAGGAGAAUGCAGUGCUAGAGGGAGAAGAAAAGGGACACAGUUACUGAAAGUUGCACAAGAGAAUGGAAGGUUAGAUUUUGGUGAUGAAGGUGGGAUGGUGAUGGUGAAAUCAAUGGAUUCAGGGUUGAGAUUUGAUUAAGGGUGUCAUUGUGGAUGUGGUGGAAUUGAGGAUGUUGUAGUUUGCAAUAAAAAAUGUUUAAUAAAAUUAGAAUUGUGCAUAUGUUGGGAAAAGGAUCUUGAUUUAUUCAAAAUUGCACUCUUUUUUUCUUAGAUCAUAAAGAAAUCUGAAAAUUGGACAUGAACCCUGAAAUGGGUCUGCUGUGUUUUUCUUGGGUGUGAAGUGAUUUUGGCACCAAAGUCGAGUCUUUUUUUGAUUCACAUUCUUUUUUGACUUCGCUUCCAAGUUAAUUAGUAUAAUGUGAGUGGAUGCCUUCUAAGAUUGAUUAGCUUUUCUGCUUUUAGGGAAUUACCUACAGCUUCACAAAUAAAUGUAGCAAAGAAGAAAAUGUUGCUUUUAUGUGCAAGUUAUCUUUCAUAUUAAUGGAGUAUAAUACUCUUGCCA